AUGGCUCGAAUGAACCGUCCAGCUCCUGUGGAAGUCACAUACAAGAACAUGAGAUUUCUUAUUACACACAAUCCAACCAAUGCGACCUUAAAUAAAUUUAUAGAGGAACUUAAGAAGUAUGGAGUUACCACAAUAGUAAGAGUAUGUGAAGCAACUUAUGACACUGCUCUUGUGGAAAAAGAAGGCAUCCAUGUUCUNGAUUGGCCUUUUGAUGAUGGGGCACCGCCAUCCAACCAGAUUGUUGAUGAUUGGUUAAGUCUUGUGAAAAUUAAGUUUCGUGAAGAACCUGGUUGUUGUAUUGCUGUUCAUUGUGUUGCAGGACUUGGGAGAGCUCCAGUGCUUGUUGCCCUAGCAUUAAUUGAAGGUGGAAUGAAAUAUGAAGAUGCCGUACAGUUCAUAAGGCAGAAGCGACGUGGAGCUUUUAAUAGCAAGCAACUUUUGUAUUUGGAGAAGUAUCGUCCUAAGAUGCGUUUGCGCUUCAAAGACUCCGAUGGUCAUAAAAACUGUUGCAUUCAAUAA